UGUGAUGUUGAUGAACCCAUGGUUAAAUUUAGUUUUGAAAUCAGUGAUUUGAUUUGAUGUUGUGAUGAUUCAGAAUUGAAAGAAAACAAUAUUCUUAACAUAAUGUGCUGAGAAUAUGAUGCAGACAAAAGUGCUUGUUUUUGGUCUCAUCUUACUAACACAAGCAUGUGGGCCACUUUUGGCCCAGACACCGGCUCCAGAACAAACUGACUCUCCUGGACUACUGCAGAGGCUGGUGGAGAGGGCCAGGGCAGCAAAAGCUAAAGUCCAGGAUAUGGGGGGAACGGCACUAGGCUUUUUUGGUGCUUACUAUGAAGACCACAUCCAACCAGUGACUGGCAGCUAUGCUGACUGGGUCUCUGAUGUCAGAGGGUCCAUGUGGGAGAAGAUCCAGACAGCCGUUGACAACUACAUGCCAUUUAGAGCAACAAAUGCCACUGAUCCACAAUCUAAAAACUAAAGAAAAGCUGACAAUAAAUUAAAAUUCUUACCAUUUGA